AUGUUUCCUCGUUGUUUGAAACUUGUCACAGUUAGGAGGGGGCUAAAUUUUACAUCAGUGAGAUGUGCUGCGAAUAAUAGCCCAUCGUCCACUACCAAGCUUUCUAAAGAACAAAUGAAGAAGAAAGAGUUGCGUGCAUUACUCCAAAAGAGGGCUGCUGCUAAGAAGUCGCCGUUUGAGCAUCCUCUUUAUAUGCCAGUUCAGCAGGCCUUUCGGUUUUUACGUGCUGCAGAGGUGGGGCAACCUCCCUCGCAGCAAACUAUUUCUUUGACGACGGUUGUGGUAAGUGACAAAGGUGCACCAUUAUUAAGUGGAAAUAUCCUCUUCCCUAACCCUCUCAGAGAUGUUAAAGUGGCUGUGUUUACCAACAACAAGGAACAAGAAGAAGUAGCACGUGAGCAGUUCAAAUGUCACCUGGUUGGUGGAACGGAAUUAAUUGAAGCGAUUAAAAACGGUGAUACUCCGAUUGACUUCGAUAAGGCAUUGGCUACUCCAGAUGUGGUAGCGCAACUAACAUCACAAUUGGCCUCAGUAUUGGGUCCCCGUCGUUUGCUACCGGCGGUCAAAAAAGGUACAGUGUCGGAGAACAUAGCUAACUUGAUCCGUGAAAACAUGUUUACUGUUCCCUUCAGGCAGCGUGGGCCUUUUCUCAGCGUAGCUGUUGGUAAAUGUGAUUUCUCUGAUAAGCAAUUGCUUCAAAACAUAGUUGCUGUUCAAAAAGCAUUUAAACAAGCCUUAGCUGAUCAACAGGGUAAAAAGUCCAGCAUAUUGGGUAAGACAACCGUAACUAGCACACAUGGCCCGGGUAUUGUUAUUGAUUUUAGAUAA